UUUUUUUUAAGGGGAGAGGAAUAGAACGCAAAACCAAACAAUAUCAACUCCCCCACCCCCCAAACCAAAAAUCCACUGAACGAGUGUUCAAGAGCUCAGGACUGGAAGAGGAGGAGAAAAGCAGGGCGGAAUCGGGGAGUGGAAAGGGAGAGGAGUUCUGCUGACAAAGCCAUGAGCCCUCUGGGCUGGGGGAUCGUGCUCAGUUGCCUGGGCUGCGCACUCCUGCCUGGAGCCCGCGCGCAGUUCCCCCGGGUCUGCAUGACCGUGGACAGCCUGAUGAGCAAGGAGUGCUGCCCGUCGCUGGGUCCCGAGCCCGACAACAUCUGUGGCUCCCAGGAGGGCCGGGGCCAGUGCAUGGAGGUGCAAGCUGACACCAGGCCCUGGAGUGGUCCUUACGUCCUACGCAACCAGGACGACCGAGAAGGCUGGCCGAGGAAGUUCUUCCACCGGACCUGCCGGUGCACAGGACAUUUUGCUGGCUACAACUGUGGGGGCUGCAAGUUUGGCUGGACCGGCCAUGACUGCAGUCAGAGGAAAGCCCCGGUUAUUCGGAAAAAUCUUCAUUCCUUGACGGCUCAGGAGAGGGAGCAGUUCUUGGAUGCGUUAGACCUCGCAAAGAACACGACGCACCCUGACUACGUGAUCACCACCCAGCACUGGCUCGGCCUGCUGGGGCCCAACGGGACCCAGCCGCAGAUCGCCAACUGCAGCAUAUACGAUUUCUUCGUGUGGCUCCAUUAUUACUCUGUUAGAGAUACGCUAUUAGGACCAGGGCGCCCAUACAAGGCCAUAGACUUCUCACAUCAAGGACCUGCAUUUGUUACCUGGCACCGGUACCAUUUGCUGUGGCUGGAAAGGGAUCUCCAGCAACUUAUCGGCAAUGAGUCCUUUGCUUUGCCCUACUGGAACUUUGCCACCGGGAGGAAUGACUGUGAUGUAUGUACGGACCAACUGCUUGGGGCAGCAAGACAAGAUGAUCCAACUCUAAUUAGUCAGAACUCAAGAUUCUCCAACUGGGAAAUUGUCUGUGAUAGCCUGGAUGACUAUAACCGCCGGGUCACCCUCUGUAAUGGGACCUACGAAGGUCUGUUAAGAAGAAAUCAAGUGGGACUGAACAGUGCAAAACUGCCAACUUUAAAAGACAUACAAGACUGUCUCUCUCUCAAGAAGUUUGACAGCCCCCCUUUCUUCCAGAACUCGACCUUCAGCUUCAGGAAUGCUCUGGAAGGGUUUGAUAAAGCAAACGGCAUCUUGGACUCUCAUGUGAUGAGCCUACAUAACUUGGUUCAUUCCUUCUUGAAUGGGACAAGCGCUUUGCCACAUUCUGCUGCCAACGAUCCUAUUUUUGUGGUGCUCCAUUCCUUUACCGACGCCAUUUUUGAUGCGUGGAUGAAAAGGUCCAAUCCUUCUGUGGACGCGUGGCCUCAGGAGCUGGCGCCGAUCGGUCACAAUCGGAUGUAUCACAUGGUUCCUUUCUUCCCUCCAGUGACUAAUGAGGAAUUCUUUUUAACUGCGGACCAGCUUGGCUACAGCUAUGCUAUCAAUCUGCCAGCAGAAGAAACUCCAGGUUGGACCCCAACCCUCUUGGUGGUCAUGGGAACGCUGGUGGCUUUGGCUGGUGUUUUUGUGGUGCUGUUUUUCCUUCAGUACAGAAGACUCCGAAAAGGCUACACACCCCUAGCAGAGACACAUUUAAGCAACAAGAAGUACACAGAAGAAGCCUAGAGAGCUCGCGCCUUCCCCUGGAGAGGC